CUUUAAUCCUCAGUACUGUGACUCUCACAUGAUGCUGGAAUGCUGUGCCAUGGCCCACUCUCACUCCGCAUGAUUCACUUCACUUCUGCUUUUCAUAUCUCCCAUCCGACCCACACCUCUUCUUGAAGAGUCUGGAUGAUAUGAAAAGUCCAGUCCCGGUAUAUCGGAGGCAUGGGGCAAUUUAAAUCUAUUAGGAGAUUUCUCCAAUUCUGGGAGCGAAGAAACAACACACAGAAAGAUGAAAACAAACCACUUAUUCCAAAGCAUAAGGGAGACAUAAACCCAGAUGGUUCAUACAUCUCACAUAUGACAACAGAUGACAAUCCAGGAAAUCAAAUCAGCUCAGGUUUGUCUAACAAUGAAGGUCCAACCAGAGCUACGUCAUGGACUGGCCUCAGAUCAGCAGCACCCAGUAGAUCCAGUUGGACCGAAUACCUUUUAAAGUAUCUUCUCAUCACCAGCAACCUUCUCUUCACCGUCCUGGGUAUGGUAACCCUAGUGGUGGGACUCUGGGGUCUGAUCAAUAAAGAGUCUUUUGCUCAAGAGAAGAUCGGAGGUAUUGGGACAGACCCCAUGCUCCUCUUCUCAUUCCUCGGUUUUGUCCUAACCCUACUGAGCCUGACGGCAUGCGUAGGGGCUUUACGGGAAAACCGAUGUCUUCUUCGAAUCUUCUCGUGGGCUCUGCUGUUCCUGGUGGUGGUUCAGGUGUUGGCGGUGAUCAUAGCAUACAGCAUGCAGGGCCAGAUCGUGGAUUACCUUCGUUUUGGGAUGCUGACCGCUAUGGCACGAUACCAGGAUGAUCUGGACCUGAGAUUCAUUACUGAUGAGAUCCAGACGGGCCUGCAGUGCUGCGGGGCAGAUACCUAUAGAGACUGGGAAAUCAAUGUGUAUUUUAACUGUUCAGCUCCGGGUGUCCAGGCCUGCGGCGUUCCCCCUUCCUGUUGUGUGGAUCCACUGGAGAACGGUACGGUGUGGAACACUCAGUGUGGGGUCGGUGCCCAGCGGUUGGAUGAGUUCUCAGCUCAGAGCGUCAUCUUCCUGGGCGGCUGUUUGAGCGGCAUCUCCCGCUGGAUAGAGCAACAUAGUGAAGCGAUUGGCACGGUAGUCGUAACCCUGCUGGGAGUUCAGAUCUUAACUUUGUUUAUAACAUCACAUCUACUGCAGAGGAUACAGAGGAGCAGAGCACAGCAUGAUGUGUAUUAAUAAAGACUGCAAUGAAAGGGCUCAAAUGUUUUCAAUAACAGACCAGGGAUUAUUCUGAACCAGCCUGGACUUUAUGUAAACGUUACGUCUGACAUCUGGAGAUGUUCAACUUUUUUUAUUUCUGAGACCAACUGGGCAGGCAAUUUUAUGAAAGCACGAAAAAAUCUUGAAGGUAUUACAAGGUUUCUGCUUGCUAUUGUUUAAUAUUGGUUGAGUUAGACAAUUCAUAGUUCUGAAUUCAUAAAGGGCGCAUAUCACAAAUAACCAUUUAAUAUUGAC